AUGAAAAACAUGCUUCAGCAACUCUUACAUGGACAAGCAAGUGGCUCCAUGGACAAUGCUAAGAAGUUUGCUGAGCUGACUCAGAGAUUGGACUGCUCAUACAAUGAUCUGAACAUGAAGAUUGAGACUCUGAAUUCCAAGAUCAAGUAUAUGGAGGGUAAAACUGCUUCUACUUCUGCCCCAAAGCCGGGCCAACUCCCAGGAAAAGCUGUUCAGAAUCCUAAGGAGUUUGCUCAUGCCAUCACGCUGAGGAGCGGUAAAAAUUUGCCUCCCAGACAAGGACCUGUUGUAGUCACUGAGGACAGUGAAGACUUGGAAGGGGAGGAUGUAUGUCAGAAUGAAGAUCCGGUUGUUCCUUUGAAAGAAUCAGAAGUCGUACCUGAAGAAGCUCCUCAACCUGCUGAGAAACAUGCUGAAACACCUGCAGCAUCCAAGGAUAAGCCUGCGAGAUACGUUCCCCCACCAUACAAACCACCUCUACCAUUUCCAGGACGAUUCAAAAAGCAGCAAGCUGAGAAGUAUAAGGCUUUAUUUGAAAAGCAAGUGAGAGAGAUUGAGUUGAGAAUGCCAUUGCUGGAUGCAUUCGCACUUGUCCCUCCUUAUCAGAAGUUCCUCAAAGAUUUGGUUAUGGAGAGAACAAAAGAAGUCCAGGGCAUAUGCCUAUGUGAUUUUGGAGCUUCUGUGAGUCUGAUGCCGUUGUCUGUGGCUAAGCGUUUAGGAUUCACAAGAUACAAGGCAUGCAACAUAUCUCUCAUUCUAGCUGACAGAUCAGUGAGGCUCCCGCAUGGACUCUUGGAAGACUUACCAAUAAGGAUUGGUGUUGUUGAGGUCCCUACAGAUUUUGUUGUUUUGGAAAUGGAUGAAGAGCCUAAGGAUUCCCUGAUUCUUGGAAGACCAUUCCUAGCCACUGCUGGAGCUAUCAUUGAUGUUAAGAAGGGAAAGAUAGACUUAUGCUUGGGAGAAGACUUCAAGAUGACAUUUGACAUCAAAGAGUCUAUGAAGAAACCAACAAUCAAUGAACUUGCUGAGGAGGAUCAUCUCAAGACAGCCUUGACAAAGAGUGGAUCAGAUGGAUUUCUUCAUGCUGAGACCAAGGUCUACGAAACGUUACUGGAUACCUACAAGGCAACUGAUGAUUCAGAACGUUUUGAGGAAUUGGAUAAGUCUGUCAAGGAGGUAUGCACAGUAGAGGAGGAAGUCAGUGGCAGCCCGAUGACUCACCAUGCUGUUGACCCUGUCAAUGCGGCUGAUGAUGACUGGUCAGAGUUAAAAGCUCCCAAGGAUGAGCUCAAACCGCUACCCUCAGGACUGAGAUAUGUAUUCCUUGGAUCCAACUCUACUUAUCCUGUCAUUGUGAAUGCUACCUUGAGUAAUGAGGAAUUAGAGUUGCUAGUUACUGAGCUUAGAAAAUAUAGAAGGGCCAUAGGUUAUUCCUUAGAUGAUAUCAAGGGGAUCUCACCUAGUCUCUGCAUGCAUAGGAUUAAUCUGGAAAAUGAAUCAUACUCUAGUAUUGAACCUCAAAGGAGAUUAAAUCCUAACCUUAAGGAAGUUGUGAAAAAAGAAAUUCUUAAACUGUUGAAUGCUGGGGUUAUCUAUCCUAUCUCUGAUAGUACUUGGGUAUCCCCAGUGCAUUGCGUACCUAAGAAAGGAGGGAUUACAGUGAUAAAAAAUGAAAAAGAUGAAUUGAUCCCCACUAGGACUAUCACUGGCCAUAGGAUGUGCAUUGAUUACAGAAAACUGAAUGCUGCAUCUAGGAAAGAUCAUUUUCCUCUUCCUUUCAUUGAUCAAAUGUUAGAGCGAUUAGCCAAUCAUCCCUACUACUGUUUCCUUGAUGGGUAUAGCGGAUUUUUCCAAAUCCCUAUCCACCCAAAUGAUCAGGAAAAGACUACGUUCACUUGUCCAUAUGGCACAUUUACCUACAGACGCAUUCCUUUUGGUUUGUGUAAUGCACCUGCAACAUUUCAGAGGUGUAUGACCUCUAUAUUCUCGGAUUUGAUAGAGGAGAUGGUGGAGGUGUUCAUGGAUGAUUUUUCCGUGUAUGGCUCCUCCUUCUCCUCAUGUUUGUUGAAUCUCUGCAGGGUAUUAGCAAGAUGUGAGGAGACAAGCCUAGUGCUCAACUGGGAGAAGUGCCACUUCAUGGUGAACGAAGGGAUAGUGUUGGGACACAAGGUAUCAGAGAAAGGGAUUGAGGUUGAUAAGGCGAAGAUUGAGGUCAUGGUGCAGUUGCAGCCUCCCAAGUCAGUCAAGGAUAUAAGGAGUUUCCUUGGGCAUGCUGGUUUUUACAGAAGAUUCAUCAAGGACUUCUCAAAGAUUGCACGACCCCUUACAAGACAGUUGUGCAAUGAGGUCGAGUUUGCCGUUGAUGAGAGCUGUCUGGAAGCUUUCAACAAGAUCAAGGAAGCGUUAGUCUCAGCACCAAUAGUCCAAGCUCCAAACUGGGAUCAUCCUUUCGAGAUAAUGUGUGAUGCCUCAGAUUAUGCAGUAGGGGCUGUGUUGGGACAGCGCAUAGAGAAGAAAUUGCAUGUCAUCUAUUAUGCGAGCAGAACCCUUGAUGAGACACAUGGAAGGUAUGCAACAACAGAGAAAGAGCUCUUGGCUGUAGUCUUUGCGUUUGAGAAAUUCAGAAGUUACUUGGUAGGAUCAAAAGUUGUAGUCUACACAGACCAUGCUGCGCUUAGGCAUAUAUACUUCAAGAAAGAUACCAAGCCGAGACUGCUGAGAUGGAUACUUCUACUCCAGGAGUUUGAUAUGGAGAUUGUUGAUAAGAAGGGGAUAGAGAACGGCGUUGCUGAUCACCUGUCUAGAAUGAGAAUAGAAGAUCCAAUCCUUAUUGAUGACUCUAUGCCUGAAGAACAUCUUAUGAUUAGUAUGCCCUGGUAUGCGGAUGUGGUUAACUACAAAGUCUGUGGAGAGAUUCCUGCAGACAUGGAUCCUUAUAGGAAAAAGAAGUUUUUCAGAGAUGUCAACCACUACUUCUGGGAUGAACCUUACUUGUACAAGAGAGGUUCAGACGGGCUGUUUAGGAGAUGCAUAGCAGAAGGAGAAACAUGUGGACAAGUUGAGGUCUCCAACAAGCAGAUAAAAGGAAUCUUGUCAAGAGUUGUUGGGGCUUCGAAGAGAGAUUGGUCUACCAAGUUGGAUGACACUCUAUGGGCGUAUAGGACAGCUUUCAAGACACCAAUAGGAAGGACACCUUUUCAGCUGGUGUAUGGUAAAGCAUGUCAUCUCCCUGUGGAGAUUGAGUAUAAGGCACUUUGGGCUAUCAAGUUUCUGAACUUGGACAUCGAUGCAGCCCAGGCAAAGAGAGUUCUUGACAUCCAUGAACUUGAGGAAAUCAGACUUGAUGCCUUCGAGAGUUCCAAAAUCUAUAAGGAGAGAACCAAGGCUUUUCAUGAUAAGAAGAUUGUCGUUAAGGAGCUUAAGGCUGGAGAUCACGUCUUGCUGUUCAAUUCCAGACUGAAACUGUUUCCUGGAAAGCUCAAGUCUAGAUGGUCUGGACCAUUUGAAAUCAAAGAUGUUUUGCCAUUUGGUGCGAUCACUAUCCUGAACAAGGAUGGCAGCGCGUUCACUGUUAACGGUCAACGUGUCAAGCGUUACCUAGCUGAUCAAGAGACACCAGAGGGGUCCUCCAUGCCUCUCUAUGAGCCUCCCAGAGCCUAA